GCCGGCGCGCGCGCGAGGCUGGGUCCUGCGCGGUAACGAUGGCGGCACGAGUCGGAGUCGCGGUCGGGGCGUCCGAGCGUGUCCCUACAGAGUUGAUGGCUCAUGAAGCAAUGGACUGUGAUCUUCAAGUACCUUUGGAUGAUAUUAUACAGCAGGCUACUCCAACUGAAGUUACCAGCCAAGGGGCACCUCUCCUCCAGCCCGCCCCUCCUGAAGUGGCCAAUAGCCAAGGAGGAGCACUUGCUCAGCCUGCACCUGCCGAAGUGCUCAGCAGCCAGGGUGGACUGGCCCCCCUCCAGCCUGGGCCAUCAGCAUCCAUUGACACAGCGGAAGAAAAUAUGGAGAUUGUAGAUCCUGGAACGUCAGAGGUGGAGAGCCAGGGACCUGGUGCUAACCAGACUGUCCAGGCUGAAGUUUCAAUGAGCAACUUCAUCAGUGGGCUGCAGAGACUGCAUGGCAUGCUGGAAUGGCUGAGACCUCCACCUUCAGACCACAGUGUGGGGCCAGUGAGAACAAGGAGAAGAACAGGAUCCAUUCUGAGAACAAGAGCUGGAGCAUCUCAGAGGGUAGACAGUGCCAGGUUGAGAACACCAGUACAUGCCUACUUUCAGGUAAGCAGGUCUCAGCCUUAUGUACCAGCCACUGCUCGUGAUUUAGAAACUAGGAAUCCAGCAUCAAGUACGGACUCUGACAGUGACACCUCUGCAGAAAAUGAAGAGGUGGUUGUGCAGGCAGAAGAACCUGCAGCUGACAUUCCAGAACAAGGAGUUAUCUCAACAGAGCAAGAAGCUACAUCUGUCACAGGAGGUGACACAGCCCCUGAAGAGUCUCCUCAGAAGCCCAACGAUCUCCCAUCUAUGGAUGAUGAAGAAGGAGACACUUGCACAAUAUGUUUGGAACAGUGGACCAGUGCUGGGGACCACCGGCUCUCAGCAUUACGCUGUGGGCACCUUUUUGGGUAUAGAUGCAUUUCUAAGUGGCUCAAAGGACAAACACGAAAAUGUCCUCAGUGCAACAAGAAAGCCAAGCACAGUGACAUCGUUGUCCUUUAUGCGCGAACCCUAAGAGCUUUGGACACCAGUGAACAAGAACGCAUAAAAAGUGAUUUACUGAAUGAGCAAAUGCUCAGGAAGCAAGCUGAGUUAGAAUCUGCACAGUGCCGGCUCCAACUUCAGGUCCUCGUUGAUAAAUGCUCUAAACUCAAUAGUCGUCUCCAGGACUUGGAAGCCCUUAUUAGGAAGCAUCAAAGUCAAGGUGGACAGCAUUACAGGGGCUCCCAAGGACUAUGCAGGAACUGCUUACCCUCCAGCCAGAGCCAAAAUAAAUACAACUUCCAAAAGACCUUCACAGUAUCUCAGUCAGGAAGCUGCCGAAUUAUGGCACAUUGUGAUGGUUUGAGCUGCCUGGUGGUUUCACAGUCUUCUCCUCAGGCUUCCUUCCUUCCAGGCUUUGGUGUGAAGAUGUUGAGUACCGCCAACAUGAAAAGCAGUCAGUACAUUCCUAUGCAUAGCAAGCAGAUUCGUGGAUUAGCUUUUAGCAGUCGAUCCAAAGGCUUGCUGCUCUCUGCUUCCCUUGACAACACUAUUAAACUGACCAGCCUAGAAACAAAUACUGUGGUGCAGACUUAUAAUACUGGACGUCCUGUCUGGAGCUGUUGCUGGUGUCUUGAUGAAAGCAAUUACAUCUAUGCUGGACUAGCCAAUGGUUCAGUUCUGAUAUAUGACCUACGGAACACAAAUGCCUAUAUACAGGAAUUAGUUCCUCAGAAAGCAAGAUGUCCUCUGGUUUCCCUGUCAUACUUACCCAGAGCUGCAGUGGCUGCAUUUCCUUAUGGUGGGGUGCUGGCUGGAACCUUGGAGAAUGCCUCCUUCUGGGAACUAAAAACAGACUUUUCUCAUAAGCCUCAUGUGUUAUCCUUGGAGCCAGGGGGCUUUGUAGACUUUCAGACAGAGAGCAGUAGCCGACACUGUCUUGUGACUUACAGACCUGAUAAAAGUCAUAAUACCAUACGAACUGUGCUAUUGGAAAUGUCUUACAAACUGGAUGAUGCUGGAGAGCCAAUCUGUUCCUGCCUUCCUGUGCAAACAUUCCUUGGGGGACCUACUUGCAAACUGUUGACCAAAAAUGCCAUCUUCCAAAGCCCAGAGAACAAUGGCAAUGUCCUAGUAUGCACUGGGGAUGAAGCAUCAAACUCUGCCUUGUUGUGGAAUGCUGGCAGUGGCUUGUUGCUGCAGAACCUGAAGACUGAUCAACCUGUCUUGGACAUCUGCCCAUUUGAAGCCAAUCAGAACAGCUUUUUGGCCAUCUUAACUGAGAAGAUUGUCCAUAUUUACAAAUGGGAGUGAGCAUGGUCUUGAGACCUUCCAGAAUGCUGCUGGUUAAUGUUAAGUGAUGUUUUUAGUACCUAGUAACCCUGAACAAGAUACCUGUUUACAUGCUGUACCUGAAAUUUUUGGAUCAUGGCUCAUUGGAUUAGUGUGAUUCUAGGUCACUUGAGUCACUUAAGAUUGUGUGUGCUGUUUGUACCAAAUUAAGUACCUUUGUGAAUCUUUCCUGGAAAUUCUUAAAUUCUGUAGGAUCUUACAAUCCUCUCAACUAUUAUUUAGUAUAUGAGUAUGCACCAAGCUGUGAUACCCAAGCAACCUAAAUUAUCUUAGGCUAAUUGGCCUGAAAGUGGUACCUGAAAGGCCUGUCUUGCUUCUUGAACAUCAAAGGUCAUUCUUCCAGUAAGCUUAAGAGAGCGCUCUUAAUAUCUUGUGUAGAAUCUGACUUAUUUCUGAGUUUGAAUGCAUAGUGACUUGAUCACACCCAUACCCCUGGGCUGCUGUCUCCCCCCAGGGUCUGAUACUUCCAUGUGGUAUGCUUUAUGGCAACAAUAAUUACAUCCCAGGUAUACAUGCCUAUUAGAAUGUUGACAAGUCUAGUGAUGGAGGUGGCCGAUGAGUUAGCUCUAUGUAGAGCCAUAGCUAAAGCUGUGCGCCUUGCAUUGUGAGACGUAAGGAAAAGGACCAGUUAUUUGAGCAAUUGUGAAAGGCUUAGAUUUUUCUAGUUAGCUUGGGAUCCUCAGGGGUUUUUAUUCUCCCCCAAGCCAGUCCUUAAAGAUGUACAAUUCCCAACUAAAGGCUACCCCCUGUGAAAUGUUUGAUUUUGAGUGCCACUGAUUUGUCUCCCGAUCUGAAAAGUGUUGUUAGUCAAGUAGUUAUUCUCAGGAAGGUAGUAGUGGUUAGAGACCUGUGGAUGACAGGAAAGCACAUAGAAACUUCCAUUCUGGUGGUCCUGAAUUGUCCAGCAGUAAGAGGUCUGCUCAGGUUACGAUUGUCGACUUUGCCUUAGGCUGCUCUACUAAGCCACUGCCCCUAGGACACCUUGUGUCAAGGUGUAGGCAACAUGUCUGAUUUUCUCAAAUAUUGUUGGUGAGGCACUAUUAAACUCCUGACCAGUUUUGGGGAUCUUUAUCACCAAUAAGGAAUUGUUAAGGGAAAAUUAUUUAUUUUCCCAGGGUUCCAAGUUGUGGCUGUAUGUGCUUAAUGAAACCUUCUAUUUAAAGAUGCAUGUUUUGUUUUGUUUUAAAUUUUAAAGAAGGCUUUUAAAAUGUCAGCUUCCACAGCUUGGGAAAAGGCCACCUUCUCUCUUCCCCUCCCCCCAGAUUCUUUUGAUAGGUUGAUCAUUAAAAGUAGCUGCCUGGGGCUGGAGCUCCAGAGGCAGGAUAGGAUAUUAAAGUAAAUAGAACUCAACUAACUUGAGCAGAUGGCCACAGAGAAAAGCUGUGGGUGUCAGGUUGGUCUGGGGAGGGGUAGGAUUUGACCUUCCUUGAAGAACAUUUAAGUAAGGCUGAUUGGGGGUGGGGGUGGGAAUUUACUAUCACAGAAGCACCUUACCAGUUUUUGCAUUUCCACAAUAAAUUUGUAUUGGGGUAGGAGGGCUUCAAGCUUGUUAAGUUUUUUGCUCUACUACUGAGCUGUCUCAGAAAACCAAAUCUGUGUUUUUGUAAGCAGAUUCAUGAUGGACUGAUUCUCUAAAGACAACCUCACCCUAUUCCUACUUGGAAGAAACUGAAUCAGUAGACCCAGGCUAUAAUCUUUGCACCAGCAGGAUCUUUGUGUUUUUAAAUCUUAUCAUAGUACAAUGGGAUUUUUGAAUUACUUGCUGUGCUGUGUUUCAAUGAUUGUUGUCCUGUUAAGAAAAUAAAGAAUUUGUCAUGUAUAAUACCAA